AUGGCAGACGAAGACGUUGCUGCAUUGGUUAUCGAUAAUGGGUCGGGAAUGUUCAAGGCUGGCUUUGCUGGGGAAGCGUACCCAAGGGCUGUGUUCCCUUCUGUUGUUGGGAGACCAAGACACCGAGGUAUCAUGGUUGAAAGGGGGCAGAAGGAUUUAUAUGUGGGAGGUGAGGCUCAGAGCAAGCGAGACAUUCUAACAUUGAAUUACCCCAUCGAGAACGGCAUUGUUACCAACUGGGAUGCCAUGGUGAAAAUUUGGCACCAUGCUUUCUACAAUGAGUUGCGCGUAGCUCCCGAAGACUAUCCAGUGCUGCUCACAGAGGCGCCACUGAAUCCUAAGGCCAACAGGGAGAUGAUGACCGCGAUCAUGUUCGAGACAUUCAACACCCCAGCCAUGUACGUAUCCAUUCAGGCUGUGCUAUCUCUGUAUGCAUCUGGCAGGACAACUGGCGUCGUUUUGGAUUCAGGCGAUGGUGUGUCUCAAGCUGUGCCUAUCUAUGAAGGCUGUGCCCUUCCUGAUUCCAUCCUUCUGUUGGAAUUGGCUGGCCGAGACAUCACUGACUACCUGACACAGAUGCUCUUACAGAGAAGGUAUAAUUUCAACAUUGCA